AUGUACACUGACAACAGUGAUGUAAACACUGACAACAGUGACGUAAACACUGAUGACAGUGACGUAAACACUGAUGACAGUGACGUAAACACUGAUGACAGUGACGUAAACACUGAUGACAGUGACGUAAACACUGACGACCGUGACGUAAACACUGACAACAGUGAUGUAAACACUGACGACAGUGACGUAAACACUGAUGACAGUGACGUAAACACUGAUGACAGUGAUGUAAACACUGACAACAGUGACGUAAACACUGAUGACAGUGACGUAAACACUGAUGACAGUGACAUAAACACUGAUGACUGUGACGUAAACACUGAUGACAGUGACGUAAACACUGAUGACAGUGUCGUAAACACUGAUGACAGUGACGUAAACACUGACAACAGUGACGUAAACACUGAUGACUGUGACGUAAGCACUGAUGACAGUGACGUAAACACUGAUGACAGUGUCGUAAACACUGAUGGCAGUGACGUAAACACUGAUGACAGUGACGUAAACACUAACCACAGUGACGUAAACACUGACGACCGUGACGUAAACACUGACAACAGUGAUGUAAACACUGACGACAGUGAUGUAAACAGUGACGACAGUGACGUAAACACUGAUGACAGUGACGUAAACACUGAUGACAGUGACGUAAACACUGAUGACAGUGACGUAAACACUGAUAACAGUGUCGUAAACACUGACAACAGUGACGUAAACACUGAUGACAGUGACGUAAACACUGACAACAGUGACGUAAACACUAACCACAGUGACGUAAACAGUGACGACAGUGUCGUAAACACUAACCACAGUGACGUAAACAGUGACGACAGUGAUGGUAACAGAGACAUAAACACUAACGACAGUGACGUAAACACUGACAACAGUGAUGUAAACACUGACGACAGUGACGUAAACACUGACGACAGUGACGUAAACACUGACAACAGUGAUGUAAACACUGACGACAGUGACGUAAACACUGACGACAGUGACGUAAACACUGACAACAGUGACGUAAACACUGACGACAAUGAUGUAAACACUAACCACAGUGAAGUAAACAGUGACGACAGUGACGUAAACACUAACAACAGUGACGUAAACACUGACGACAGUGAUGGUAACAGAGACAUAAACACUAACGACAGUGACGUAAACAGUGACGACAGUGAUGGUAACAGAGACAUAAACACUAACAACAGUGACGUAAACACUGACGACAGUGAUGUAAACACUGACUGCAUGUAG